ACGGGCGCGCACCGCAGGCCGUCAGAGCGCGCUGACUCUCCGAACACACACACGCUCGCUGAAGAGCCCAGCCUCAUCAUCCUCCUCCUCCUCAUCUUCCCAUCAGCGCGUGCACGAGCGCUCAGCAUCAUCACUGACAGCAGCGCGAGGGAUUCUCACACAAUGAAAGAAACGCGCUCAGCUUCGUCUGAAGGUGGCGUGUGAUUUAGAGGAGAAAAGCGCACGACUGUCCUAUAUGAUGUGCAUCGGUCAGAGACGCCGUGUGGUGUUCUCCAGCUCACCGUGAGCAGAAGUGUCUCUCGUUCUCCUGCUCUGCUCUGUCAUGAUGUCGCGGUACCAUCAGCGUUUUGAGCGGGAUUUCCGCAGCGUGUGGGAGCGGAGGGAGCGCUGCGCCUCCAACAGCAGCUGCGGCGGAACCAUUAACGGCUGUGUCUCCACCUCUGCCUCCUCCGUCCCCAACAGCGGCAACAACCGUCCCGGCCUUCUGCCCCUGCCCGUCAUCCCCUCGCUGCUGCCCACCCCGGUCACCGGCGCAACCAGCACGGCCAACAGCGAGCUGACCUGCAAGCGGUUAGCUUCCACCUGCACCACCUCCACGACUAAGGUCUCUGGGCACCCGUCGGCAGACGCACACACUCAGGGCCAGGUCCUGGCUAAUAGCGUCCGGUGGGGACAAACACCCAUUAACCAGUCCACGCCCUGGGACACGGAUGAGCCGCCCGCAAAACAGAUGAGGGAGAAAGAUAUCACAGCUCCUCUAUGGCCGCCGCAAGUCGCUGCCGCCGUCAGCCAGGCUGGACUCUUGGCGCACACAUACGCCCUGCCGCAGCCGCCAGCUUACAGCCAGUGCGCGACCGUCCAAGCUCCGAUCGUCGGUGUGACCCCGGCGCUCCAAACCCCCCAUCCACAAUUACCCACGCACUACCAACUCCCACAGCAGCCUUCACAGCCAAUGACCAACAUGGUCCUCAACGUCCAGAGCCAAUCUCUUGCCGUUGGUGGCCUGCCUCCAAUGCCCAGCGUCUGCCAGGUCGCCCAUCCCGUCCACACGGUGGUGGGCAACGGCCACUUGACGCAUCCCAUGGUGCAAUCCGCCACCAUGAGCUCCUCGGCGCUGCCCACCAACGGGCCGCUGACGAACGGCCAGCAGGAGACCACCAGCAACAGCCUGCAGAUGCUGAGAACGGUCGGAUUGGGGAAAUACGAAUUCACGGACCCCUGGCAUCCCAAAGAAAUGUUGAAGGAAUUGAACCAGCAGCGGCGAGAGAAAGAGUUUACAGACCUGAAAAUAAUUGUUGAAGGCAAAGAGUUUGAAGUCCAUCAAAAUGUUCUAGCUUCCUGCAGCUUGUAUUUCAAGGACAUGGUGAAAAGGUUAUCGGGAGAGAACAGAAACGGUGAGAAGAUGCAGCUGACAAUGAGCAACAUCAGUUCAGAUGUUCUGGAGCUUCUCCUUGAGUUUGUUUACACCGGCUCCCUCAUUAUCGACUCGGCCAACGCCAAGACCUUACUGGAGGCGGCCAACAAGUUCCAGUUCAACACUUUCUGCAAAGUCUGUAUCUCCUUCCUCGAGAAACAGCUGACGGCCGCUAACUGUCUGGGAGUGUUGGCCAUGGCCGAGGCCAUGCAGUGCACCGAACUCCACAACAUGGCAAAGGCCUUCGCCCUGCAGAACUUCCCCGACGUGGCCGGUCAGGACGAGAUCCUCAACAUUUCCAAAGAAGACCUGGUCAGUUACAUGUCCAACGACAGCCUGAACACGAAAGCAGAGGAGCUGGUCUACGAGACGGUCAUCAAAUGGAUUAAAAAGGACCCCAGCAGCAGAGUGCAGCAUGUGUCUGAGCUGUUGGCGGUGGUACGUCUUCCAUUCAUCCAUCCCAGCUACCUGCUGAACGUGGUGGACAACGAAGAGCUGAUCAAAUCUUCAGAGGCCUGCAGGGACCUGGUGAAUGAAGCCAAGCGCUACCACAUGCUGCCACACGCCCGCCAAGAGAUGCAGACGCCUAGAACUCGCCCGCGACUGUCUGCUGGUGUUGCUGAGGUGAUCGUGCUGGUGGGUGGGCGCCAGGUCAUCGGCAUGAACCAGCGCUCGCUGACAGCCGUCACUUGCUUCAACCCUCAGAACAACAAGUGGUACCCCCUGGCCAGCCUGCCUUUCUACAACCGCGAGUUCUUCUCCGUCAUAUCGGCGGGGGAUAAUAUCUACCUGUCAGGAGGCAUUGAGUCUGGAGUCACGCUGGCAGACGUGUGGUGCUACAUGUCCCUGCUGGAUAAUUGGAAUCUGGUGUCUCGGAUGACAGUCCCGCGGUGCCGGCACAACAGCGUGGUGUACGACGGCAAGCUUUACACCAUCGGAGGACUCGGAGUGGCCGGGAACCUGGAUAAUGUGGAAAGGUACGACACCAUCACUAACCAGUGGGAGAUGGUGGCUCCUUUACCCAAACCGGUCCAUUCUGCAGCAGCGACUGUGUGUGGAGGGAAGAUCUAUGUGUUUGGAGGGGUGAACGAGGCCGGCCGCUCUGCUGGAGUACUUCAGUCAUAUGUGCCUCAAACCAACGCCUGGAGCUUUAUUGAGUCGCCCAUGAUAGAUAACAAAUACGCCCCUGCUGUGACUCUGAAUGGCUAUAUCUUCAUCCUGGGAGGAGCGUAUGCCAGAGCCACCACCAUCUACGACCCUGAGAAGGGAAACAUCAAAGCAGGGCCAAACAUGAACCACUCCAGACAGUUCUGCAGUGCGGUGGUCCUGGAUGGGAAGAUCUACGUGACGGGCGGCAUCGUGAGCAGCGAAGGUCCAGCACUGGGAACCAUGGAGGCCUUUGACCCCUGUGCAAACGUGUGGACGCUGCAGCAGAGCAUGCCCUGCCCACUCUUCAGACACGGCUGCGUGGUUAUUAAGAAGUACAUUCAGAGCGGCUGACGCUGACACAGACGAACACGACUCCACCGUCUCCUGCACACCGGACACCCACCUUCACAACACGGCCAGGAUUAGCAGUGCUGAUACCGAAGCCUCGCUCACUUUCUGACACCCACUUGGAAUGUAGAAGCUAAUCUUUUCUGCCGGGUGCAAACGGGCCUUCGUGUAAUAUAGCGCACCUGACAGAGCUGUUAUUGAUGUGUGUCGUGGCUCUAGCCUUAAUGCUCUGUGGCCAUUCGGAUUGAACUUUUUUACACAAUUCCUUUUUAUCUUCGUUUACAGAAUUCACUAGGUUUUUGCAUUGCCACCUUUUUAAUGUUUGCAUAACUUUCAUUCUUCUUUCUUUGAGCAAUACUGUAAAAUCACAGCGUCUGGUUUCAGUAAUCCAUGUGAUGGUUCAGUCAGUCGUAUCACUAUUUCAUCAUUUCUGUCUGAAAGCACUUUUUAAUAACAUAGGGGAGACAAAGCUGUCGAACAAGCACUCAAACCUCAUGUGACCGCUUCCAUAAGCUCCGCCUUCCUUAGUUACAGUUGCUCACUCAGACAAGCACGUCCCUGCAGAUUUCAGUGCAAUUGUUAGUAAAAUGAGCUCGUGAAGUGGUAAAAUGGAUUGGAUGUUAUUCGUACGUGGGCUGGAAUGAAGCGUGACAUUGCAGAGGAUCUUUUAUCUGCCGUUUUGGAUCCGAAACUGAUAAAUUGCAGUAACAUGAUUAAAAAUGGCAGAGACUGUGAACAGAGACUGCCAAAUGCUUCUCGCAGUCACUGAAAAGAGAAAAGCAAUCACAGCUUGAUCACAUUAGUGUAAGUGAACACAGGUAGUUACUACCACAGAUACUAUAUCAUCUGAAUUAAUAUACACAGAAAAUGACAUGCACUGCAAAAAAAAAAAAAAGUUCUUUGUAAGUAUUUUGCCUUGUUUUCCAGUACAAACAUCUAAACAUUUUAAUUCAAGAUACAUUUACUUUGCCAGGAAAAUGACUUAUUUCUUGUUUUCUGAAAAAUGUGUCAAAAUUAAAACAGGAAAAAUUAUCUGUCAGUGCAUGGGUCUGAAAAAUAAACUCAAUUAAAAGGGAAAACAAGAUUAUUUUUCUGACCUCACUGGCAGAUAUUCAUUCUUGUUUCAAUCAAAAACUCACUUAAUUUAAAACUUUUUUUUUUUUUUUCAGAAAAUAAGACUUAACAUUUUGAAUCUACUGUAAAUCUUAAGGAUGUUUGUACUAGAAAACAAGAAAAAAUACUAAUAAAUAAAUUAUGUAUUUAUUUAUUUAAUAAAUAAAUCUUGUUUUCCAGUUAAAAUAUCUAAAAAUCUUUGAAACCAAAUACAUUUACUAGAGAAGCAACACUGCAUAAGUUAUCAGCACUUGUUUUUAGAGGUUGCAUCUUUAAUGCGAGUGUAUUUUGUCUUAAUGCACUGCAUAUUUUUUCACUUGUUUUUAUGUAUAAACAAGUUAAAAACAAAUGGAAAAAUCUGCCAGUGAAGUAAGACAGAAUACUCGUAUAUUAAAGAGAGAAUCUAUGAAAACCAUAUAUUAUGCAAUACCUUAUGCAGCGUUGCUUCUCAAGUAGAUUUAUCUUGUACAGGAUUUAACAUAUUUUUAGAUGUGACUUUUAAACAAGUCAAAAAUACUAAUUAAAAACUUAAGAUAUUUUUGGCAAUUCUGGCUGACAUCUUACAUGUUAAUUUGGGAACGAGGGCGACAGUUUAAUUUAUUACACAAGGUUUAUUUAAAGAUUUGAAAAAUGCAUUUAAAAUUAUUCAGACACACAGAUCCUCUAUAGACUUACAUUAGAAAGGAGCAAGCGCUUGUGUGAUAAUAUGGUACACGGCAACAGUUGCCAGGGUAGGACUGGCGAGGGGUCAAUUAUAAUCAGGUCUGGACAGAAUGUGUUUUUUGGAAGUCAACAUGAAAUCAAAAUUGAUCCUGUUUAUUUUUUAUAGUGAAUGAUUCACUGUUGCUCGUUAUUCUAGAGAAGCAACAAAAUUAGCUUUGUAACCAGUUUUAGCAAACUGGAAUAACUUAUCAAAUUGGGUGAUGUUAUCUUGUUUUUCAAUAAAAACAUUUAAAUACAUUUUCAUAAGAUAUUAGAACUUGUUUUCAGAGAGUUUUUUUUUUUUUUUUUUUUUGGAAUUAAGCUUAGUUUCCUUCCCCAUUGGAAAGUAGUUUUAUCCUGCUUUAAGCAAAAAUCCAACUUCAUUUAGUGAGGUUUAUGCUUAAAACAAGAAAAAACAAAAACAAAAGGCAACCGGGAAAGAAAAUGAAACUUAAUGCAAGAUAUAUUCACUGCAAACAAGUCCUCUCCUUCAACCACCUGCCUCUGUUGUUUACCAUCAAUUUGUGAUAGAUAAAAUCAAGCAUAAGUUGACUUUUAAAACUGUGAUGCAGAUUUUGUCUGAGCCUGAUUAUAACUCACAUCUGCACAAGUUUAACUUGACAUCUGGUAGGUUUAUUAUAAGAUAUGAAUCAAACACAGAAGAGUAUAAUUAUUUGAGAUGUGUGAAGACCUUCCUUUUACAGGAAUUGAUGGCAUUUAAGUCUCUGCUCUUUCUGACUCCAUCCACCUUUAAUCGGAGGCAUCUUGAACCGGAAGCAGAAAGUGGGCUUGAGCACCUCGAACUGGACUGAAAUGACAUUUGUAGCUUGAAUUUCUUUUCUUUUCUUUGGACCGUUUUACUCUUUUCUUGCACGCAGCCAAAGCACAAAACAUCUGAGACUCAGAGAGAACAGGAAGUGUUUGCCUUCAUUUCCUCUGCAUUGCCAAACCGCCAAACAGUGAAGACAGCGGGACACGCUGUCCGACAGGGAGGACAAUUCUCUGUUCACGAAAGUAACUAAAGUUUAUUUUAGGACCUUUACAUGUCAACAGACUGUUUCUAGACAAAAUGUAUAUAUAGUAUGUUGAAGAAAUGUUAUGUACAAAACACAAGCUGUUAUUGUUUGAAUUAAUGA